UCGAUAAUUUGCUAAACACAUUCUCUCCUGACUUCCUAAUGAAUUAUGCGUAAUGCUGUUAAGAGUGUGGCUUUUUUGCUGCUUAUGAUUUCAUCCUUUAUCAGUCUUGAAAGUGGACUUCUGCUUUAGUGAUAAGUGUUAGUGAUAGUGAUAAGGGAAGACUACAGGACCAGAGUUGAGUAACAGAGAGGCAGAUGACUUCCAGCAAGGGCUGUGACAGGGCUCAUUUGCUUAUAGUCACAAAGUGACUUAAUGACUCAGAACAGAAACCAGGAGGUCUGGUCCGUACUUUGUGGCAAGUGGUGAGAGGCAAGUUUCACUUUCCCAGCUUCUGCUACUGCUGAGGAUUUGGCCAAGUGGUAGUUGGUAUGUUGUAGCAGAUGCCUUCAUGUGAUGCUUUUACUUCAAACUCCCCACACAGGGUUUUGUUUGGGCAAGUUUUCAUCUUACUUUGUAACUCUGGUCAGUUGCUGAAAAUACAAAUCUUGUGUGCAAAACAGAUAUUCAUCAAGUUCAAGUAUCUACUUACCAUAUAAGCUGCAAGGAAACAGCAUACUAUCUUCACCUGUUACAGCAACAAUAUAAAAAUAACUAUGCAAUGAUCUCUUACUAAUUUCUGGUGGUUGUUUUGUUUUUUCUCUUUUAACUUUCCAGGCUAUGAAUGAGACAAGUGACUGUUUGAUGAUGAACAGAGUCCUAGAAAAGUAUUAUCUUUCUACCAUGUACAGCCUUGAAUUCAUUUUAGGCUUCAUUGGAAACACCGUUGUUGUGUUUGGCUAUAUUUUCUGCCUGAAAAACUGGAAAAGUGGCAACAUCUACCUAUUCAAUUUAUCAUUGUCAGAUUUAUUAUUUCUGUGUACUCUCCCAAUUCUUGUGAACAGCUACUCCAGAGAUCAGUGGAUAAAGGACCACAUCUUGUGCCACAGCAACCGAUUCCUGUUACAUGCAAACCUGUACGGCAGCAUCCUUUUCCUCACUCUUAUCAGUAUUGACCGAUACAUGCUGAUAAAACACCCUUUCAGAGAACAUCCUCUACAGAAGAGGAAAAUGGCCCUUAUUGUGUCCGCUGCCAUAUGGAUCGGAGUGAUACUGGAACUGCUGCCGCUGAUGUAUUUCCUGGAGGCUACAACGUCUGCCGAUAAUUACAAGUGUCUUGAUUAUGCAAGCUCUGGAGAUCCUGUGAAAAACCUCAUCUAUAGCAUGUUUCUGACUGUCUUUGGAUUCCUUAUCCCUCUCUUGAUCAUGUGCUGCUUCUAUGUGAAGAUGGUUCUUUUUCUUAAAAACAGGAGUGAGCAACUCAGUUCCUUCCUGACACUUGAAAAACCUCUCACUUUAGUCAUCCUCACAGUGGUUAUCUUCUCAUUGCUCUUUACUCCCUAUCAUGUAAUGCGCAAUGUCCGACUUGCUUCCCGAAUACCAGCCUUGAAUGUCUCUGUGUGCACGCAGGGCGUCAUCAAUGCCAUUUAUGUCAUCACAAGACCUAUUGCAUUUUUAAAUAGUGCCAUUAAUCCUGUUUUUUAUUUCUUAAUGGGGGACCACUUCAGAGAGAUGUUGAUGGCAAAAAUAAGGCAGCUCUUGAGCAGAUUGACAGCCACUGGCAAAUGAAUGAGUAAGGAGACCUCUUGUAGUGGGAGACAGUGGAGAGGAAACUCUCUUAGGGGCAGAAUUCACCAGUGUACAGUGCCUUUUCAUAUUUUUUUUUUUUUAGAUAACUUUAUGCUAUAGAACAUUUGUGAGCUGAGUGUGUUUCUCUGAAUGCACUUGUUAUUGUACAGGGGACCUCCUUUUGCUAAUCUGAUUCUAGCAAAUGAGAAGUGAUGCUUACAUCAGUACAGCAGGAAACCAUGCUUUCAUAGCAGGAUACCUUGUGGCCUGUUUACACUGUAAAUAAAAGAUCAUCAAGGUUGCUCUUAGACAGAAAAUAAUGUUUGCAAACUCUGCAUCUCCUGGGAGGUUUACCUUUCAGAAUAACUAACUGGGACAAUUUACAUUCCCAGCUGAUUUGGCAAGGGUUGGCAUCUCGGAUGUGGCCAAAAAGGAGGGCAUGCAAAGGGAUGGGUGGAACACUCUGUCAGUAUUUCAGAAUGGGGUCAGUGAGUAGGUUGCUAUUUUUGUUUGUAACAAGUACAAGGAGUGCAGAAAGCUGUAAUGUUCAGCUGCUGGUCCUACAACCAUUUCAUGGAAGCUCUGAGACAGCAUAGACGUGUGUGUAGACAGGUUCUUUCACACUUUGAUAUUAAAGCUAGAUUCAGCUUGCAGAAAUGAAAAUAAGAAAAUCUAUCAGUUUAGUUCUUAAUUGAGAUUUGAUUAAUAUAUCACUGGGACAACAGUAAUUUUGGCAGUCACUUUUCAAAGUAUAAACUUAUUUAACUUUAGUGUAAUUAUCUCCAAGUGUGAGCAGAACGUAUAGCUUGCAGCAGACUUUGGACCUUGCAGUUCUAACCUUAUUAAGGGUUCCAAUAAUGAAAAGGGGCUCAUAAGGAGCCAGUUCUCUGUCUAACAUCCCUGCAUGAUUGACUGACCUGACUUCAACUAUGAAGCAUGCAGAGAUGGGUGAAGUAAUCAGCUUGUACAAGCUUGGGCUGGGGAAGGACCUCCUGAGAGUGGACACUGGGCUGGGCAGAGUAUGGGCAGCAGUGCAGGCAGGGCAGGGGCACCCCCUCCUCCCCCUGCCUUUCAGCAGGCACUGGAGGAGCCCCUGGUGAAGCACAAGGCAAG